GCGCCGCCAUGAUGGAUUCCCGUUAGAAUGGGAUUGAAUUAAAUUGGAUAGGAACCAAAACGCUUAUUCUUCAAAAUAUAUUUGCUCUGGAAUUUGCUUUGCAAUUUGUGGGAAUGCUCUGGAGCGCGGACAUCAUUUUGAACUACACGCGUGUCUCUGACGCUGGAUUCUAUCGCUGUGUGGUCAGCAACCCACCUGAGACUGGAGACCCCGGCAUAGGAGAGCUCAGCCUCACUGUUUUGGCACCUCCGUCCCUUCCUGUGUGUCUGUGGGAAGGGGACACCGAAGCUGGAGGCAAUGUGCAACUGUCCUGUCUGGUGGCGGAGGGCUUUCCUACUCCACAGGUGAUCUGGGAAAAGCUAGAACCGGAUAAGAUGACACUGCCAGUAAACAUGAAUGGUGAUUUAAAGGGCUCUGUGCACAUUGCCAAUAUGUCUGCACAGGCCUCUGGCCUCUACCGCUGCUCAGUGACCAACCCACUGGGAACCCAGCACUGCUACAUUAACCUGUCUGUCUACACACCUCCAGAUAAUUCUCCUGGCAUCCUGCAGGGGGUGCUGUUGAGUCUCUCCAUGGCCCUGCUCCUGCUGGCUCUGAUGGUGCUGGUGCUGUGGCUCCACCGUUCGGCACAGGAGAGCAAAUGGAGGAACAGCCAUGAGGAAAAUGAGGGGUAUAAUGAGGUUAAACGCUCCUUUAUAUGA